GGGGGAGCCGGGAGGGCCGCGCGCGCGGCGGCGCGGGGGCUCGGCGGCGCGGGUGUCCCCCCGGCCGCGGCCCCGCCAGUGGGAGGCGCGAGCAGCCGGGCUCCGAGUGGCCGGCCGGGGGGCCGCGCCCGAGUCUCCGCCCCGUGGCCGGCCGCAGGCUAGGAGCCCAAGCGCCACCAUGGCCCCCCAGCAGCUGUUCCGCGCGCUGGUGUCCGCGCAGUGGGUGGCCGAGGCGCUGCGGGCCCCGCGGGCCGGGCAGCCAGCCCUGCAGCUGCUCGACGCCUCCUGGUACCUGCCCAAGCUGGGCCGCGACGCGCGGCGCGAGUUCGAGGAGCGCCACGUGCCCGGCGCCGCCUUCUUCGACCUGGACGCGUGCAGCGACCCCGACUCGCCCUACGACCACAUGCUGCCGCGCGCUGAGCACUUCGCCGCCUACGUGGGCGGCCUGGGCGUGGGCGCCGACACGCACGUGGUGGUCUACGACGCCAGCGACCAGGGCCUGUACGCCGCGCCGCGCGUCUGGUGGAUGUUCCGCGUCUUCGGCCACCGCGCCGUGUCGCUGCUGGACGGCGGCCUGCGCCACUGGCUGCGCCUGGGCCUCCCACUGGCCUCGGGCCCCGGUCGCCCCGCGCCCGCCCAGUUCCGCGCCACGCUCAACCCCGCCUUCGUCAAGACGCACCAGGACAUCAAGGAGAACGUGGGCGCCCGGCGCUUCCAGCUGGUGGACGCCCGCGCCGCGGGCCGCUUCCGCGGGGUCGACCCCGAACCCCGAGACGGCAUCGAACCCGGCCACAUCCCCGGCACCGUCAACAUGCCCUUCACGGACUUCAUGACCGAGGAGGGUCUGGAGAAGAGCCCCGAGGACAUCCGCCGCCUCUUCCAGGACAAGAAGGUGGACCUGAACCGGCCCCUGGUGGCCACGUGCGGCUCCGGCGUCACCGCCUGCCACGUGGCGCUGGGCGCUUACCUGUGCGGCAAGGCCGACGUGGCCGUGUACGACGGCUCCUGGGUGGAGUGGUACCUGCGUGCCCAGCCCGGGGACAUCGUGUCCGAGGACCCCGGCAAGUCCCAGUGAGGCCAGGCCGGGUCCAGCCCGCUGCCCGCCCACCCGCCCGCUCGCCCUAAGCCCUGCGACCAGGCAGCCCGAGGGCGGGAGUUCCGGGGUCUCCCGAGCCCGGAGAGAAGGUGGCCGGCAGGAGGGCAGGCGAGCAGAGGGGCCGGGACUCAGCCCCCCGUGGCGCAAGCCACGCCCACUUCCUGCCUGUUCCGGGUAUUAAGGAAAUAAAAGAGCCAAGUGUCCCAUG